AUGCUCCGCGCCAGACCAGAGGCACUAAUACUCCUGGGAACUCUGUUGACUGGACCCCUGGAUCCAGCCGGAGGCCAGGACGCACUCUCACUGCCCUGGGAAGUACAGCGUUAUGACGGCUGGUUCAACAAUCUGAGGCACCAUGAGCGUGGUGCUGCUGGCUCCCGGCUGCAGCGCCUUGUACCAGCUAAUUACGCAGACGGCGUGUAUCAGGCUUUGGGGGAGCCGCUGCUGCCCAACCCGCGCAGUCUCAGCAACGCCGCCACGCAGGGCGUAACCGGGCUGCCAUCGCUCCGCAACCGCACCGUGCUAGGGGUCUUCUUUGGCUACCACGUGCUCUCGGACGUCGUGAGUGUGGAGAGACCCGGCUGCCCUGCCGAGUUCCUCAACAUCCACAUCCCGCGGGGAGACCCCGUGUUUGACCCCGACAAGCGUGGGGACGUGGUGCUGCCCUACCAGAGGAGCCGCUGGGACCCCGAGACCGGACGCAGCCCCAGCAACCCCCGGGACCUGACCAACGAGGUGACCGGCUGGCUGGACGGCAGCGCCAUCUACGGCUCCUCGCACUCCUGGAGCGACGCGCUGCGGAGCUUCUCCGGGGGACAGCUGGCGUCGGGGCCCGACCCCGCCUUCCCCCGAUUCGCGCAGAACCCCCUGCUCAUGUGGACCCCGCCCGACCCCGCCACCGGGCAGCGCGGGCCUCGGGGGCUGUACGCCUUCGGGGCCGAGCGAGGGAACCGGGAGCCCUUCCUGCAGGCGCUGGGCCUGCUCUGGUUCCGCUACCACAACCUGUGCGCGCGGAGGCUGGCCCGCGAGCACCCGCACUGGGGGGACGAGGAGCUGUUCCAGCACGCGCGCAAGAAGGUCAUCGCCACCUACCAGAACAUCGCUCUGUAUGAGUGGCUGCCCAGCUUCCUGCAGAAAACGCCCCCGGAGUAUGCAGGGUACCGUCCUUUCCUAGACCCCAGCAUCUCCCCGGAGUUCGUGGUAGCCUCUGAGCAGUUCUUCUCCACCAUGGUGCCCCCUGGCGUCUACAUGAGAAAUGCCAGUUGUCAUUUCCGGAAAGUCCUGAACAAGGGUUUUGGCAGUUCCCCAGCUCUCAGGGUCUGCAACAGCUACUGGAUUCGGGAGAACCCCAAUGUGAACAGUUCUCAGGAGGUGAAUCAGCUGCUGCUGGGAAUGGCCUCCCAGAUUUCGGAGCUGGAGGACAGGAUAGUGGUUGAAGAUCUGAGGGAUUACUGGCCUGGCCCUGACAAAUUCUCCCGUGCAGACUAUGUGGCCAACAGCAUCCAGCGUGGCCGGGAUAUGGGACUGCCCAGCUACCACCAGGCCCUGCUGGCCUUGGGGCUGGAGAUCCCAAAGAAUUGGAGUGACCUCAACCCCAAUGUGGACCCCCAGGUGCUGAAGGCCGUAGCUGCCCUAUAUGACCAGGACCUGUCCCAUCUGGAGAUGCUCCCAGGGGGGCUCCUGGAGAGCCAUGGGGACCCUGGACCCCUGUUCAGUGCCAUUGUCCUUGACCAGUUUGUGCGGCUGCGGGAUGGUGACCGCUACUGGUUUGAGAACACCAGGAAUGGGCUGUUCUCCAAGGAGGAGAUUGCAGAAAUCAGAAACACCACCCUGCGGGACGUGCUAGUGGCUGUCACCAGCGUGGACCUCAGUGCCCUGCAGCCCAAUGUCUUUGUCUGGCAUGAAGGCGCACCCUGUCCUCAGCCCCGGCAACUCACAGCUGAAGUCUUGCCCCGCUGCGUGCCCCUCAUUGUGCUUGACUUCUUCGAGGGCAGCGGUCCUGGUUUUGGCAUCACCAUCGUGGCUCUCUGCUGCUUUCCAUUAGUAAGUCUGCUUUUCUCUGGGGUGGUGGCCCAUUUCCGGACCCGAGACCGCAAGAAGCUGCAAAAAAAAGGCAAAGAAAAUAUGAAGAAUGAAGCAGCCAAAGAUGGAGUGCCAGCAAUGGAGUGGCCAGGCCCCAAGGAGAGAAUCUAUCCUGUCACCCUCCAGCUGCUCCCAGACAGGUGUCUGCAGGUCCUGGACAGGCACCUCACUGUGCUCCGCACCAUCCAGCUGCAUCCCCUGCAGGAGGUCAACCUCAUCCUGUCCCGCAACCGUGGGUGCCGCACCCUGCUGCUCAAGAUCCCCAAGGAGUAUGACCUGGUGCUGCUGUUUAACUCUGAGGAAGAGCGGGGCACCUUUGUGCAGCAACUGCAGGACUUCUGUGUAUGCUGGACUCUGGGGCUCCAUGUGGCUGAGAUGGGUGAGAAUGCGCUCUUCAGGAAGGCUGUGACCAAGCAGCAGCGGGGACGCAUCCUGGAGAUCUUCUUCAGGCACCUUUUUGCUCAGGUGCUGGACAUCAACCAAGAGGCUGUAGGGACCCUGCCCCUGGACUCAUCCCAGAAGGUGCGGGAGGCCCUGACAUGUGAGCUGAGCAGGGCCGAGUUUGCCGAAUCCCUGGGCCUCAAGCCCCAGGACAUGUUUGUGGAGUCCAUGUUCUCUCUGGCUGACAAGGAUGGUAAUGGCUACCUGUCCUUCCGGGAGUUUCUGGACAUUUUAGUCGUCUUCAUGAAAGGCUCCCCAGAGGAUAAGUCCCGCCUGAUGUUCACCAUGUAUGACCUGGAUGCGAAUGGCUUCCUCUCCAAGGACGAAUUCUUCACCAUGAUGCGGUCCUUCAUCGAGAUUUCCAAUAACUGCCUGACCAAGGCCCAGCUGGCCGAGGUGGUGGAGUCCAUGUUCCGGGAGUCGGGCUUCCAGGACAAGAAGGAGCUGACAUGGGAGGACUUCCACUUCAUGCUGCGGGACCAUGACAGUGAGCUCCGCCGCACACAGCUCUGCGUCAGAGGUGGAGGUGGAGCUGUUGGAGACAUCUUUAAACAAAACAUCAGCUAUCGAGUCUCAUUCAUCACUCGGACUCCUGGGGAACGCUCCUGCUCCCAGGGACAGGAGCUCCCUGCCUCAGAAGUCCCAGAGCUGGGAGGCCCUGGGCUGAGGAAGAGGUUUGGCAAAAAGGCGGUGGUGCCCACUCCCCAGCUGUACACAGAGGCGCUGCAGGAGAAGAUGCAGCGAGGCUUCCUGGCCCAGAAGCUGCAGCAGUACAAGCGCUUUGUGGAGAACUAUCGGCGGCACAUCAUGUGCGUGGCAGUCUUCUCAGCCAUCUGUGUGGGCUUGUUUGCAGAGCGUGCUUACUACUAUGCCUUUGCCUCGCCACCCACGGACAUUGAAGAGACCACCUAUGUGGGCAUCAUCCUGUCGCGGGGCACAGCAGCCAGCAUCUCCUUCAUGUACUCCUACCUCCUGCUCACCAUGUGCCGCAAUCUCAUCACCUUCCUGCGAGAGACCUUCCUCAACCACUACGUGCCCUUCGAUGCCGCCGUGGACUUCCACCGCUGGGUCGCCAUGGCUGCUGUUAUCUUGGCCAUUCUGCACAGUGCUAGCCACGCGGUCAAUAUCUACAUCUUCUCGGUCAGCCCCCUCAGCCUUCUGGCCUGCGUAUUCCCCAACGUCUUUGUGAAUGAUGGGUCUAAGCUUCCCAAAAAGUACUACUCAUGGUUCUUCCAGACGGUCCCAGGUAUGUCAGGGGUGCUCCUGCUCCUGGUUCUGGCCAUCAUGUAUGUUUUUGCUUCCAACCACUUCCGCCGCCGCAGCUUCCGGGGCUUCUGGCUGACCCACCACCUCUACAUCCUGCUGUAUGCCCUGCUCAUCAUCCACGGCAGCUACGCUCUGAUCCAGCUGCCCAGUUUCCACAUCUUCUUCUUGGUCCCGGCAAUCAUCUAUGGGGCAGACAAGCUGGUGAGCCUGAGCCGCAAGAAGGUGGAAAUCAGUGUGGUGAAGGUGGAGCUGCUGCCUUCAGGUGUGACCCACCUGCAGUUCCAGAGGCCCCAGGGCUUUGAGUACAAGUCAGGACAAUGGGUGCGAAUCGCCUGCCUGGCUCUGGGGACAACCGAGUACCACCCCUUCACGCUGACCUCUGCACCCCAUGAGGACACGCUCAGCCUGCACAUCCGGGCAGUGGGGCCCUGGACCAUUCGCCUCAGGGAGACCUACUCAGCCCCAACGGGUGACAGCUGUGCCCAAUACCCAAAGCUGUACCUUGAUGGACCAUUUGGAGAGGGCCACCAGGAAUGGCAUAAGUUUGAGGUGUCGGUGCUGGUGGGAGGGGGCAUUGGAGUCACCCCCUUUGCCUCCAUCCUUAAAGACCUGGUCUUCAAGUCAUCCUUGGGCAGCCAAAUCCUCUGUAAAAAGAUCUACUUCAUCUGGGUGACACGGACCCAGCGGCAGUUUGAGUGGCUGGCUGACAUCAUCCGGGAGGUGGAGGAGAAUGACCGCCAGGACCUGGUGUCUGUGCACAUCUACAUCACCCAGCUGGCUGAGAAGUUCGAUCUCAGGACCACCAUGCUGUACAUCUGCGAGCGACACUUCCAGAAGGUGCUGAACCGGAGCCUGUUCACGGGCCUGCGCUCUGUCACCCACUUUGGUCGCCCCCCUUUCGAGCCCUUCUUCAACUCCCUGCAGGAGGUCCACCCACAGGUGCACAAGAUUGGGGUGUUCAGCUGCGGCCCUCCAGGGAUGACCAAGAAUGUGGAGAAGGCCUGUCAGCUCAUCAACCGGCAGGACCGAGCCCACUUUGUGCACCACUAUGAGAACUUCUGA